AUGGAUUCAGGGAAGGAUAUGUGGUCGAGGCUGUGUUUACUGGCGGAAACUGUGGUUAUGGCUGCGGAGGAAGAAGAACAACGUCGUCGUCUACUUGCAGAGAAAAGAGAAGAUUCAAAGAGUCAGAAGAAGACUGUCUCUGAAGAAGACGAUAGCGAGAAGAGAUUCUUAUCUCAUGUCCCGAGGAAAAAAAGGUCGUCUUUGGUAAAGAGACAACAAAAACCUAAUGGUGUUUCUACUUCUUCUUCGUCGCUUCCUGAUCUUAACCAAAUCCCCAUUGAUUACGAGACUGAAACCAAACAAAACCCUAGUUUUAUUGAGCGUUUGGUGUGUGAUGAAGAACAACGUGUGAAGAAAGGCAAAUCCAGGAUUAUAUGGGAAGAAGAGGAGGAAGCGGACGAAGACAGCGAGAAGAGACUUUUCGAGAAGAACCUGAUGAAAUUUGUAGGACACAGCCAACAACAACAAAAGUUUGAAACUCUCAAUGGGGCUUCAUCUUCUUCAUCGUUCUUAAACCUUCGUUGUUAUGAGGCUUCGUUAUUCUUGGAUUACAACACGGUUGAGUCAGAGAAGACAGAGACGAAAGUUCUACCAAACCCUAAUUACCAAUCUUCUUCUCCGUCUUCAUGCCUAACGGAGAACGACACAAGUCGCAAGAGGCGUGCCGUGGAACAGAGGAAGAGUGGUAAAGUCAAGAAAGUAAAGGUUUCUCCUUUGCCAAGGUUGUCUACAGAGACGCCUGAGUGGGUUUUCCAAGCGAUGGGACACAUGAACGCUGAUGCUGAAACCCCGAAGCUGAUCUUUGAAAGGACUCUGUUCAAGAGUGAUGUCAACUCUAACCUCAGCCGUCUCUUAAUCCCAUUCCAGAAGCUAAUCAGAAACGACUUCUUGACGCCAGAGGAGUGUCGAGCCAUGCAGGAAGACAAAGACAAAGACGACGAAGAUAUUAGUGUGGGAACGAUUCUUGUGUGUCAAGCCAAGCAGGAAGACGAAGACAAAGACGACGAAGAUAUUGGUGCGGGAACGAUUCUUGUGAACCAAAGAUUUAAAAUGUGGGGUUUGCGUUUCAAGAUAUGGGGGAUGGAGAAGGACUCUGGACAUGGAACCUUGAAUUACAUUUUGAAUUGGGACUGGAAUGAUGUCGUCAAAGGUAACAGCUUAAAAGCCGGCGACAAUAUCGGUCUUUGGACUUUCAGGUGCCGUGGAGUCCUCUGCUUUGCUCUUGACACAUGGUAG